AUGCUGGGCAAUAAUGUAAAUAUCACAGAGAGUUCUUGGAACAAAAGCAGCAGGAAAAGGCCACUGAACCUGACCAUCUGUGACUUUCAAAGCAAACAUUACAGUGAAGAGGCAAGCAUAGAACCAGAUGAUCAGAAUGAGAGGGUGCAAGAGGAAGCAACUCCCACAGCUGCCUCCCCCCUUCCCUUGCAGAAAUCUGAUGGUGAAUGGGAUAUUGACAGAACUUGCUUCAAUCAAGUUAUUGAGAGGGACAAGAACACCAGACAGAUAAGUCUGGAAACAGGAAAGGAAAAGCCCAGAGUACAAACAGAAAAAUCGAGAAGCGUAGAGUUGGUGGGGUGGGAUGAACCGUGCUCCCAGUGGAAGCAGAGGAGCCCAGCGGGAACCAUGGUAGUUCCCAUGGUAGCGGGAACCAGUACAGUGGUAGUAGCUGGACUGAUCAUUGCUGCUGCAGGAUUUGCAGGCUGUUACGCUUUGCAAGCCAUGAAGCAUGUGGAGCCUCAAGCGAAACAAAUUUUUCAUCUACCAAAAUCUGCCUUCAGUGGUGGCUAUUACAGAGGUGGGUUUGAAACCAAAAUGACAAAAUGGGAAGCAGCAUUAAUACUAGGUGUAAGCCCUACUGCCAAUAAGGGAAAAAUAAGAGAUGCUCAUUGGAGAAAUAUGCUUUUAAAUCACCCAGACAAGGGAGGAUCUCCUUAUAUAGCAGCCAAAAUCAAUGAAGCUAAAGAUUUACUAGAAGGUCAAGCUAAAAAAUGAAGUAAAUGUAUGAUGAAUUUUAAGUUCCUACUCAUUUAUGUAUAUGAGUACCAGCUUUUUAUAAUAAAAUGCCUCA